AUGAAGACCUUCUUGCUUGCAGUAGUUUUCUGUGCUUUUUUGGCUGUAACUUCAGGACAAAAUUUAUUAGGAUCCCUUCUAACUCUUGGAAUCGCGAAUGAAUUUUUAGGAGGUGGAAAUUUUUUUGGAGGAGGUGGAAAUUUUUUUGGAGGAGGUAAUAAUUUUAAUGGUGGCAACAGAGGAGGAGAAAAUGUCCUGUUAGUUGAACGUGAUAAUGGUGGAUUUGAUCGUGGAUUUGAUCGUGGUGGCUUUGGAGGUGGAUUCCCUCGUGCUGGAUUUGGUCAACCAAUCUAUGUACCAGAUUACGGUUAUGACAAUUAUGAUCAUGGAUAUGGUGGAUAUAAUGAUGAUUCUUGGUAA